UCCGGGUGGCCACAGUGCUCUAGAAGCCGCUUUGGAUGCCAGAUUUCCAGACUCGUGGAGCCACAGAGGCCCAGGUCAACUGCGUGUCCUUCCCUGUGAAGAAUUGUGUCUACUUCAUCUCUGCCUCUCACAUUGACUUGGAGCUUUACAGGAAGAGCAAUGGCCCCGGCCCCGAUUAACAAGAGGAAGAGGGAGGAAGCAACAUGCUCCAUCUGCCUGCAGCUGAUGACAGAGCCUGUGAGCUUUGACUGUGGGCAUAGCUUUUGCCACCAGUGCAUAGAGGGCAGCAUUGAGGAGCAACAAGAGAAGUCAGGGGAGCAACCAGGGACAUCAGUGGAGCAACCAGAGAGGAGGAGAUCAAGGUGGAGAUGGGCCUCUGACUACCGUUUGCUUCGGGCAUCAAUGGGUGAGAAAUAUAUGGAGUGUUUAGGUGAAUACAUCAGUGCAGCCCACAGGAAGUUAGAGAGUGAGAAGCUGUGUGAGGAACACGGAGAGCAGCUCCGCCUGUUCUGUGAGGACACCGGGCAGCUCAUCUGCAGUGGCUGUGCACAGUCUCCCCAGCACAGUGGACAUGACCAUGUCCUUGCCAAAGAUUUGCCUCUGCGCUCCAAGGAAAAACUCCAGGAGGCUAAGACAAAACUGAGAGACCUGAGUUGGAAGUUGAAGCCAAGAGAACAAACAACAGAAUGGGAGGACAUGAAAGACUCCUUGGCCACGAGUUCAGUCCCAGAGUCCGUGUCUUCAGAACCUCACACAGACUGCAACAAUUCUGAGCUCCACUGUGAGGAGAGGAAAAAUUAA